AUGAAGCGACCCCACGACGAGGCGAUCAACGAGCGCGGCGGCGGCGAGAACGGCGGCGGCUCCGAGCCGAUCGACAAGAAGCCUCGUGCCACCCCAGCGCCAGCCACGAAGAACCCCAACCCCAAGAACAAGUGGACGCGCGCACAGCUCCGCCAGCUCUGGAAAGCGAUGGACAUGAAGCCUGCAUGUCGCGAGAAGUGGCGCAGCGUGUCGCGCAAGCUUGAGAAGUUUGUCGAUGGCCUAGCGGAGGAGUGA